GAGGUGGAGCCCCGAUGCUCCCCCCUCGGAGGGCGGUCCUUUCCCUUUGCCUUUCCCGGCCUGCCUCCCUGUUUGACUGCCUGCCUCGGAGCCUCCUCGGUGGGCGCAGGCGGGAGGAUGGCGCCGUCCCCUCCGCGGAGCCCCUUGGCGCUGGGGCAGUGCGUGGGCUGCUGCCUGGCCUUCCUCUUCAGCUUCAUCGUGGUGGUGCCUCUCUCGGAGCACAGCCGGGACUUCCACGGGCGAUGCCUGCUCUUCACCCAGGGCCUCUGGCUCAGCGCCAACCUGACUGCCCAGCGCCAGCGCUUCACCGUCCAGGAGUGGGGGCCCCCCGCCGCCUGCCGCUUCGCCCUGGCCGCAGGCCUCCUCUCCCUCCUCCUGGCCGCCGCCCUCGCCGCCAGGGCCCUCCUCGCCCUCGCCAAGGGAGCGGCAGCCCCGGGAGCAGCAGCAGCGGGAGCAGGCCGGGAGCAGGACUCUUUUUUCUAUGCCUUCCUCAAUCUGCUGAUCAGCGCCUUUGUGGUUUUUGUCAUCUUUAUUGCCAGCACUAUCGUGAGUGUUGGCUUCAACAUGUGGUGUGAUGCUAUUACUGAGAAAGGAAGCAUGCCAAAUAGCUGUGAAGAAUUACAGGAUAUAGAUCUUGAGCUGAAUUUAGAAAACUCAGCAUUUUAUGACCAGUUUGCCAUCACACAGUUUGGCCUCUGGGCUGCCUGGUUGACUUGGCUAGGAAUUACCAUUUUGGCCUUUUUGAAGGUUUAUCAGAACUACAGACAGGAAGACCUUCUGGAUAGCCUGAUUCAUGAAAAGGAGCUUUUGCUAGGACGAUCCACUUCACGAACUUCUUUUCAAGAUGAGAAAAGUGGUAUGAUCUAAUGGGCGGACAACUUGGUUUGCCCAGCAGGUUGUAGGUUUUGCAAUUAGUCUGUUGGGGUUUGAGAAAGGAAAUUUUGUUGGCAUGUUUUCAAAAGCUUUUAAAAAAGAAAAAAAACUGGAAUUAAGCAUCCUUUAAAUGAGAUAUUAUCUGCAGAGAUAGCUCUACUGACAAAACCCACAAUAAUGGUUCACACUGGCAUGUACAUCUCAGUUAAUUACUAAACAUGUUUCUCCCUAAUAUACAAAGUCAUUGUUCAAUGAAAGGUAUUCUGCUACAACUGGCAUCAGGUAUUUCAGGGGAUUAAUUUGUGAUGACACAUUCACACAUGCCAAACAUCCCUCAGUGCUACAGUUAACCUAUGAUGAACAUCCAUAUGUGAACCAAUCCAUAGACAGUAAAUUGCUUGCAUUUCUUUGGUAAGAUUUACAUAAUGUUGCCAUCAACUGUUUGUUUAUUUUUGAGCAUUUGGUUGGCUUUACAAUUGGGGAUUGAAAUUUAUAUUUCUUCUCCAGGUGGGAAGACACAAGCCUAGUUCACACAUUCAGCUGGUCUCCACAAUUUGGGGGACAUAGUGUUGAAUCCAGUACUUAGAGGAGAUCCACUGAAAUCAAUGAAGAAAGUAAGUCAUGGUUAGUUUAAUGACCAUUGGUUUUAGUGAAUUUUCAAUAAGUAUGAUUAAAUCUGGAUCUUAUCUAAUGUCAUGAAUGAUGUGGGCGCUCUACAGCACUGGCCAAUCAUCUGGAUGACUAAUUAAUGUGAUUUUCCCUUCUCGAAGUAAAGGAAUGUAGGUUGGGAAUUGUCCAAAUCAAAUGUCUGUAUAUACAGGAUAUCUGUAGAUCAUAUUAUGCAUGAUGUUACAUUAUAUUGCAUUGCAUUACAUUAUAUUUAAUACUGUGUCUUUCUCCCAGCACAGGAUCCAAGGAUGUUAUUUUUGUGGUGGUGUGAGGAGUGUUUCUUUCCUCCAUAAUCUGAAAGCUGAAAGCUCAUGGUGAUCCAGUGAAUGGAUGAACUAGAGGUUGCAUACAUGGCAAACUCACGUUGGAGGCAUGCCUCAGUGGGAAUCUGCUGCACAGUUUAAAUAUGUGGUUCUCAAGCUUUGGCCCUCCAGGUGUUUUGGACUUCGGUUCCAAUCACAAGCUGUUUGGGGCUUCAGGGAGCAGAGGUCAAAAAUACAGGGAGCAACAAAUUUUGAGAACCAUUAGCUUAGACCACAACAAACUCCACUCUUCACUUCCAUGUAGGGCAUAUCUACUGAUGGGAAAACUCAUACCCACCUCAUAGCCAUAGCACAUGUUUCUGGUCUGCCAUGAUCCCAUUAAUGCCACACUCACUGUGGCAAGAGUGGAAUAACCCGUCACACUUUGUCUCAGGCGAACUCACAGAGGUGUAAAAGGGCAGUCCUAUGAUGUUCACAUGUCCUAUGCAUCUCAGUAUUCUCAGAUUAUCCAGAUUUCCAGGCAAAUGUGUGGGCAGUUCUUUUUCAUUUUAAUCAGAUUUUCCACAAAACCCCUUGCAUGUCACAAAUUUUGUGUGUCCAAUUUGCAGCCACUAUGAGGUGAAUAUGUUUUGUUUUGUUUUUGGUGGGGGGGCAGUGUAGACACAACCUUGCUACUUCUAUGGCACAAAGGCAGGUAAAAGAGCAGGGAGAACUAAGCCCCACAUUUUAAACACAUCUGUGGGCCACAUCCCCCAGCCUCAUGCAGUAUUAGCUGUGAGGGUGGAGGUACUGCUUUAAAAUUUUGCAUCCCCAUCUUUACAAAUUAUGUACAACAGCUAUCAUAUACAGGAUUAAUUUGUUAACAAGUGCUGCUUGGCUUUCUUGAUAGCUGUGCCCAUAUGCUGAAAGGUGGUAUAUGGACCUAAACUGGAGUUGGCAUGCUAAAAAUGUUCCAGUGUUCUGUCAGCUAUCCAGUCAUGUGAAUCAGCAGUUCUGGUCUUCUAUAAAUUAUCAACAUCAUCGUGGGUGUUCAGUAAUUUUCCUGUGUGUUCAGAUUUAUACAGAAUUACAAGUUAAGGAAAGUCACUGAAAUUAAAAAAAAAAAAACAAAACAUUUAUUUAUUUUUUUAGCAGAGCUGAAGCUAGAUGUCACACUCAUGACUGAAAUAAACUGUAAAUCUUAGUUUGGGAUUUCAGAAUGUGGAACACUGAAUAGGAAAGAUCAUGAAUUCCUUUCCAAAAUUUUUUUUGAGAGAUCUCUAAAGCAUCUGUCUUGUUAUUUGCCAAAAACUCACCUCACAACCAAAAAGACCAAAGCAUCCUUUUAAUGAACUAAAUUUCUUGCAAUCUGUAGCCAAGCAGAAAAUCUGCAGAUCUUUUUUUUUCUUUUUGUAUUUUAAAAUUUGUUUCAGCUUCAAUUUUUUUUAAUUGUCCUGAUAGGAAGUACUUGAGAAGGUACAGAGGAACAUGGUUGCCUAGAAACUUUUUAGCUUAUCUUAAUGAUCAGGGCGGGCUGGGAGGAUAAUCCAUUGUACUAUAUUAGGUGUUCUCUGUAGAUCUUCUUGAGAGAUCACCAAGUGCACUUUGGCUUAGCUUCAGCUUUGAGGUUAGCUUGUGAAAUACAUUAUUUAUUUCUUGGUAAAAUGUAGUAAAAGAGGCUAUGGUUAACAGUUUGCCUUGUAAGCAGUUGAUAUAUAAUGCCUGCUUCUUCAUAUAUGCAACUAGAAACUUAGUGGUAUAGUCUACUGUACUAGUGCUCUUUUGUGAUAUUGCUCUCAUAAGGUCUGUAAAAUUGUUACAAGACUACUGCUUAUAAGACUGCAGCUACUUGUAUAAAGUACAAAGAUGUCAAGCUAGGUAGUCAGUUGAUGGUUGAACUGGGACACUUUCUCCCUUUUGUUCAAACAACUAGAGAUGACAGUUGCAAUCUAAGAAAGUUCCACCCAGCAAAUGUCAGGCCUAGGAUUUUUUUUUUAGGAUCAAGGCUUCUCACUGAUGUUAUACAAAUUAAAGUAUAGAUUAAACCAUGGUUAGUGCUAAUCAUGGCUUGCCAUUUUAAUCCUGGCUAAGAUUCCUGUCUCCCAAUAUAAUAAUAUGGUUUGCUUUGGUAAAUUAAGCCAGCUUCAAGGUGCAGUCAGAGAGUGUGGUCUUAGUCCCCCUUUAUGUGGCAAAUGUGGGAUUGUUUGAUGAAAAGGGCCAUUGAGUGGAACGUGGUGGGUCCAAAACCUGAUUCUUCCUCUUUCAAUGACAAUGCAUGUCCUCUUUGACAGGAUCAGGCAGCAAGGGUGUGCAGUGUGAGUCGACUUGCUAUAUACAAUGCAGUCCCUAGGAGACCUUGCAUUUUCUCCAUAUAUAUCCCAGUGCUGAUUAUUUCUCUAUUCCAAAUGUAAACUCCUGCCCAAGCAUUCUGUACCUAUGUCUGAGGUAGGUAAAAUGUAGCCUGUGGUUCACAUGAAGCCCCGGGAUGCUCUCUGUCCCCAUUUUUU